CUUCACAAUUUUAUCCUCUGGUUGUAUCCCAGUUUAGUAUCAUUUAAUCUUCGAUUUGUGUAUCUAAAGUUCAGUGCCGAUACCAUCAAAAUGCCCAAAUCGUGUGUUGUAGGCGGGUGCGUCCAACGCUUCAGGUUGCGAGGACAUCAGGAGCUGGAUACAGGGAAUAACCAACAACUUGUAUUGGGUGGCAGCGUCUACUCCCGAUGGUGACGGCGAUUUGAUGCUAGCCAAAUUUUCAAGUGUUGUCAACCAUAUCCUCAAUAUUCAUCAUCACGACAGUCUACUCUUCCCACAAUGUAGCCACGGAGAGCUUGCAGAAAGAGCAUGGCUAACUCCAGAAUAUACCUUGCUGCGCUUCAUUUCAACGAGAACACCAACAGGGCACAGGCCAUGGACAGGGAGGGCAAUCCAGCAUUCAGCAUCUGCUAUCCAAGGGCCAAGCAGACCACGGGAGGAUAUACUGUCAGGAAAGUGCUGAUACAGGCCACUCACAAUUUCAACAAGAGGAUCAUGGAAAAGGUUCUGUUACUCUGCGCAGCUGGGGCAGACACCAGAGCCAACUACCCGGAGCUGAAGGCAAAUCCUGGAUAUCUAACAGCCAAGGUAACUCGCCCUAACAAAACACAGGCUGUGAAAGAAUUUGUGUCAAGGUUUGGUAAAGCGGUGGAGCCUAUGGGAAGACCAGAGGGUACUGAAGGUGUGGUUGUUCCAGCAAGUAUUGCAACAAAGAAGAAGAAGAAGAGCAAGCAUGCUGACAAAAGGCAUACCGAGGGCCAACAAGAGGGAGAACCUUCAUCCAGAAAGAAACGCAAGAAGUAAACGCCAAGUUGCCGCUAGCACAUUCUUUGUGAUUUGGUUAAAGUUGUGUGUAAACCAAAAGGGUACAUUGAAAACUUGUGAAUAAGGACUGUUGCAACUAACACAAAAUUGAAAGUUUUUUGGUUUUAAUACCUUUGAUAAAUUCUUGUGAAGCAUUAAAAUAGAUACUGGCAAGGCAUGUACCUACCUACAAAGCCACAACAAAUAUCAACUCGGAAUGCUGCGUUUGCCCGAUUUAAAUAAGCUAAAUGUUUACGUGCACAAUCUUUAUUAUACUGUUGCCCACUAACUGUCACUGAACAAAACACAAGAAUUAGUCAAAUGCGGUCAGUUUCAUAUUUCUAAAAAGAAACGCAAUAAGAUGUUCUGUGUGAAACACUCGACUGUCAAAGAAACACAAAGAGAACUGGA